AUGGCGACCGGAAGGAGUAUGCCUGUCAUUUUGAAAAAGUUCAGUCAGAGUCUCAAUCCAGGAGAACUUAAGGAAGUCCAGGUCUCAGAGAAAUUUCGUGUGCUGGUAGCUCUGGGUGAUGACUCCACGUUGAGGCUGUGGAACGUUAAGAAUGAUGCAAACUUUACCCUCGUAGAUGUGAUACAGUACGUAAAUAAGGAUAUAGUAACAUAAAGCUUGAAGAGAAGUCAUGUGAUAUGGUUGUACCUUUCUCUUUUCAAUUCUUUGUGAUUUCUUUCAUGUGACCUGACCUUCCUUACGGCGUUAUUUAUGUUUCUUAGUCUUUUUUGCCAUUAAAUUAUGGUAGAGAAUGUUUGUCAGGCUAUUUUACCUCUAAUCUGGUAAAUUUUGUAAGCUUGAUGUGAUCUAGUUCGGAUACGAUCUCGUUUCAAAAAUUUUUUAAGUACUAGGGAAAGAUCAACGGUAGUUGUCAUAAUUAUUUUUCAUUAGCCAGGUUCGGAAAUUGCGACCAACUGGUCGCCAAUUCAAAUGAAUCGAGUUUUGGCAGCGAUAAUUUUAAACGUGACACUAGAAGGAGACCAAAGAAAUAAAUUGUACCUCAAAUCGUAAAAGUUCACGUAUGGUCUCCAGCAUGACUCUUAUUCCUUGUUUUACUGAGAUUUUGAACAUCCAAUGAUUUUAAGUUGGUUCAAAAUAAUAAUGGGGUGACAUUGAUUGACCUUUAGGGUAGUAGUAGUACUAGCAAUACUGGCCAUCAUGUUUUUCACAGUUUCUUGUGACACCUACACUGUGGGUAUAUUGCAUUAACAUUUGCUUUUCUAAACUUCUCUGGUGGUCAAAUCUUGGAAAAUGUUUCACUGUAAGGAACAUAGGAAAGUGCUAUGAAAUUGAUUCAAAGUUUGGAUAUUAAUCUCAGGCUUACAAAUCAUCAGAAUACAAUUUUUCCUCACAAGCUUAAGACUUUUGCACCAGCUUGUGAUGGUUACCAUACCCAUGGUCAUUUUUGGACCAGCUUUUUAGUUCUUAGUUAGGUCAAUUUGUGGCCAGUCAAUUAAGUUGUUUCAUACCCAUACUAAUAAAGUAUGUUUUCCAUGUUUUAUGGUAAGAAUAGAAUAAACAAAUUAAAAAUAAAUGCUGUCCUUGAUAACAAUGGGAGAAAACAUAUAUCACACUUGCAUUAGCUGUUAUUGUUAAGAAACUAAGUCAAAAGUAGAAAUUAUAGACUGUUCUAUUAAAAAUAACAUACUUAUCAUGUACCAGGCAAUUAUUUAGUGUUUGUGUUAAGAAGGUCACUAGUAUACAGGACAGAAUUUUGUCUGUAUCUUGAUCACUUGAUUCUACUAACCCUACAACAAUCUACAUCUUCUCAAGUGGUUGUUUGUUGGGUAUUUUGAAUUAAUGUGUAUUGGGAUGGGUAUGAAUAGACAGGGGUUUGAGUGUGAACUGACUCAAACUGGGUACUAAUUGACUGAAUUGGGAACAAAACAAUUGGGUACAAAAUGACCAUGGGAAUGAAACAACUGGAUACUCUUUUGACCAUGAACAUCCAUAACUCAUCAUUUUAAUCAUGCCUUUUUUGAGAUACUCUAUUGGUGAUUUUUCUCAAGUAUGGAUAUGUUUAAGGCAAAAAUCCAUCAUUACAAGGCUAUAUUUUUUUGUUUUACUGUUAAACAAAAGUCUUACAAAUUGAACAUUUUGGUGACCAACUUUUCAAUCUUGGCUCUGUUAAAAAAAAAGUUUUAGUCACAAUAUGACACCUGCUUCAAAAGGUUGAUUUUGGACCCUGCCAUAUCAAACUAGUGAUUUAUGCUUUUUGCAAACACUGAUUAGCUAGGUAAGAGACUAUUAACAAGUACUAUGAAGCUUUGAGCAGACUGAGCUAAUUGAAAUGUUUUUGUAACUUCAGUCAACUUUGUUUUAAGAGAAUGCUCUAAGUCAAUGGUUUGGUGUGUGCCAGUAUUAGACAAAUUAUUCACCUCACUGUUUGUGCAAUGUGUCAGCCAUUUACAGGCCACAUGAUGGCCUAGUGAACUGAUACUUCACACUUUUCACCUCUACUUUUGCCAAUAAUGGGCACAGAUGAUAACUAUCUAUGUAGAGCAAUGUAAUCAAUGUAGCUAACAAAAAUAAUAUAUAUCCUGAAUACAAAGGUCAACUGUCAAUAACAACCUCCAGACCCUGUAUUUAUAUUGUAAAAAUAAGGUCAUAUGCAAAAAUCCAGGAAUUUAUAAUUGGUCAGAAAAAAGGCAAAAAAAUUAAAGGGAUAGUAUUUGUAAAACAUUCUUUACUUAGUAUUUCAGAGUAUUAAUUUUAAAAAUAAAAUAAACAUGAAAUGCAAAAUAUUAUCUCUUACUUAUUUUAUUCCUUGUUCUUACUGCAGAUUUAAGUGGAGUUCUUGUAGUGACUGCCAGAAUAAAGAAAAUUCAGAGGAGGCCUGUUUUGUUGUAUUGAAGAUUGAUGGCAGUAUAGAGUUACAUACUAUUUCCAAUGCAUUUGAAGAUUUCUCAAGCACCUGCAAUGCUGUUGUAACCAAAGAGCUAUUGAAGGGGUUACUAAACGAUAGAGGCAAAGGUUAGCAAAUUUUUGGCUUUUUUAUUACUAGAAGUUACAUUUACCUAUUUUUUUUUAAGGGUUUAAACACUGGCUGGGUUAUGGGGAAUUGUUUAAAAAAAGGGGGGAGGGGAACCUUCUAGAUUAAGAGAGGGCUGGAGAUCAACUUACCCUUGGCAGCUCCUGAGGAUUUUUUUUUGUAUUUGAUUUUGGGAAGCUAAAUUAUAGAUAUAGUUAAGUUGAGUGUUAUCUCCAUCUUUUGCUGCUAAACCAUAAGUUACAAGUAUCAAAGACAUGUGCCACAAAAAAGCCAAAGCAGGAUUAUCAGUGUAUCUUGCAAAAUAAAGUUUAAGGUUACGACAAAUUUAGAAACGGUCAAGGAACAUUAAUAUGUGACAUCUCAUGUCAGGAACAACUGGUCUGAAUGCCCUGUUACUUUCAACUAUUUUGUUUUGGUUAAGUAUUAUGAAUAAUUUCAGAAAAAGAUGGUCUUUUUGGUAACACAACUGAGAGCAAGCACACUUAAGUCAGGGUAGAGAUCAGUCAUCAAUCACUUCUCUUGUUUAAAAUGUUUUAAAGUGGUUUUGUAUCUGGAGGGUCUGGUGAUGUCUUUGUAUGGACAUUUUAUGUUACAUAAGUGAACAAUUUUUGUUUUGUUUUGAAUAAUUCCAAGUUAACUGUUUGCAUUUUUUCUUUUCAGAAUGGCAUAGUGGUGAAGUAAAUCUUAUUUCACUAAACAGAAGUUCUGAGCCCUCCAAACAUGAAGUCAUUAUUUUGGUGGAUACAAUGUUGACUACACUCUCUAUGGGCCAAAACUCAAUAGCAGAUAUGUUGGUUUGCUUUGAGGUGACAAAUUCAGCCAUGAACAAGGAGAAUGAACACUCAGGUCCAAUAACAGCAGUCAGGAGGUUUCAUAAGUUUAUAUUUACAUUGGUGUCAAGUGGUGUUGUGUGUAUCCUUUAUUUGUAACUUGAUUUGUAGCAAAUAUAUGGUACAGUAUUUAUGUAUUUAUUACAUCAACAAAUUGUGGACCACCCCUGUGUAUCUGGUCCAUAGACCACCUGCAAGGUCCCCCCAAAUUUCAAAAGCAGACAUUUUUAAUUAGCAACAGGCUGUAGCCACGAGUUGAGAGUUGUUUUCUGAUGCACUUGAGAACAUGUUCAGUGAGCAGCAUUCAGUUUAAGAUGAUAAAACUGGGUUAGGGUUCUGUAAGAGUGUGCCACCAACAAUUUGUAAUUCUAGGUUUAUGUUCUUUAUCUUUGCUGACAAUCAGAAAUGUCAAAUUUGAUGAAAAUGCACUUUGGAGUCUGCUUUGAGUUUUAAAAUGGUUGACUUGAAAAUUUGGGAUGGUCCACAGAGGUAGUCCAUGGACAAGAUCCAUAAAAUGGUCUACAAACAAGGUCCACAGGGGAACCCACGGGGGUGGUCCAUGGAACUUAAUCUUUGGCUUGUGAAUGUCCAUAGGAGAGGAAUAGAAGAGUGGCAAUGUUCAGUUUAUUUAUCUCAAAUCCAGCAAAACUUACUCACUAUAUCUCUAAAGACUAUGCACAAGAGUGGUUGACAACCAUAUGUAUAUCACUCCUUUCCAAAACCCUCCUAGUUCCUCCCAGUGUUUGAUCUUCUUGGUGGUGGCAUUAGCAUUUUGGUUUGAUAUGGUUGGUGUCUCUUCGAAAGAAACUAAAAAUGAAGAUCUGUUUGGAAUUUCUCAAAAAUCUGGAAGACUUGUUGAGUUAAAAAUUUAUCCCUUCAAGCUCGAGAGAAGAGAUUAACGCAUUUUGUAUUUCCUGAACUGUAUGGCAUCAACUGAAUACUUUUUUCACACAAAUGCAACUUGUCUAUUGAUUUUAUAGUAGCUGUUUGAUUGUGUGAAGAGGCAGCCUCUGUACCGAGGUACACAUGAAUGUAUUUGAAAAAGGAGGAGCAGGGGACAUUCAUGCACCUAUAUUGCUUAGCAGUUUUCUUAACUUUUUCAACUAGUCAUACACAAGAUGGCUGAUUUUGUAGGUUCAAUCAAUAUGUGGCAAUCAGGUGGCUUUUCAGCUCAAGGUAGGUUGAACAACUUACAAUGUAAGAUUUUAUUAGCACUUUAAAAUGCAAAAUCCUCACAGAUUGCAUUGAAUUUUUAAUUAUUGAUUUUUUUAAUUAGAGAGGCAAUGAAGGGUGGUUAGAUGCAAUUGUAAGUUUUUUAAUUUAUGAUGAAGAAUAAAAAAUUCAGAGUACAUUGCUGCUGUAGCAAUCAUUCUCUUUGAUUUUUAUAAUUUUUUAAUAUUGUGAAAAAGUAAUUAAUCAUUCAUGGCAUAAAGGAAAUUUUAGAUGGGAUGACAGAACCCUAUUGUGGAAUCUCUUUGACAUCUGAUUCAAAAUCUAACUUCUUCAUUAUAUCCUGAAAAAAAAACUGUUUUUGAGUUUGAUACCUCAUGAAACAACCAAAAGAACCAAGUACCAGAUUUUUAUUUCUAAAGAUCUUAGCUUCUUCUUCCAUCUUGACAAGUUCUUCUUCAAUAAUUUCUCUAAGUAUACUGAUGUUAAAAUUUGGAAGUUUGUCACUGUCCAUAUCUAAGAAAUUUGAAAAUGUUUUUAUGAGAUAAUUUUUUCCGACAUGGCAAGGAUUGCCAAGCAAUGUGUCACAUGAUACAUCAUUUUUCAUCCAUACCAUUAUCAACAAUAGUUCUUAACGGAUAAGUGGACAAGAAUUUCUACACUUAUCAUAAAAAGUUUGAUACCAUGCAUUGUAGCAUAAUAAUUGUGCAGGAUGUUUUUGAAGAUUUAACAGAAUGUCCUUGUUACCCCUAAAAUAAGCUCUGGCAAACAAAUAAAUAUGUCUUCUUUUAAAAGACUUACCUCAUAAGUGGGAAGGGAUGGAUGUUAUGGUCAGUUUUGUUACACAUAUGUUGUCAGCCCUUGAUAUUGUCAAAGAUUCACAAUAAAUUCUGUUGGAUUUUAUGAGAGCUCAAAUGUGAUAGUGCAGAAUGUUUUGUUAACUCUUAUGGGCUGGAUAGUAACUUAGCUAUUCGAUAGUGUUAACUGCCCUUCAAACAACUAGUCCCUGCUGCUUGAAUACAAAAAUUGUAAAAAUUAGUUUACAAUAGAAAUAUCACAGUAAUAUGGAACCUUGGCUUUUUUCCCACAAAACACAAAAAAUCAUGCUAGUGUCAAAUGUAACUCUUGACCAAUGAUACUCUGAAUUCAUGCUGAAUGGUAUGCCAUUUUACAAGACAGUGCCUUACUAUCAGUACCCAUUUUGUUUUUCAGAUUAUGUUGCAAUCCAAGAGAGACCAACUUUUGUAUACCUAGAAGUAACUGAUGAUCUCUCCUUUCUUGUUUGUGGUGAUGGUAACAGCAAUAUUUAUAUGGUAAACCUUGAUGAAUACUUUAAAGAGUUCCCUUCUCAGUGGAUUUGUCCCACCUACUCCAAGAGUAAAGACCCUUCUUUUUCAAGUGUGAAGUUUCAAUAUGAACUAGAAGAUGAAGAUUCUGUGGCCCGUAAUGCAGAAAUGUCUGAUAUUGCCUAUGGGGACAGGGUGUGGAAAACAGAAAUAUUGGCAUUCAGGAAGGCUGUAAAGCAAGCUUGUUGUGAAAAUGGAACAGGUGGGAGUAAGUUAUGAAUAGAUGCUUUCAAUCCAUUAAUAUGUAGCCACUAAAUUUCCAGGAAGUCACAAUGUGUCAUGUUUUAUGAAUUUAUCCAGGCCAUCAUUGCAGCAUCUGGUUUCCCUUUUCAAAACCAAGCCAGUGAAAUGUGGUAAAAUUUUUUUUACUUGAACGGCAGUUCUAUAAAUGGUAAAUGUGACAGAAUGACAGAAUUUCUGGACUUCAUUUCAAUCAGCAUGGUAAUGAAUUUAUUAAUGGGAGACCACAGAUUGUAGUAGAAGUACCGGUAGAUAUAUUUUGCACUUGUGUUAUUUGAAACCGUCAAACAUAUGAUAACAAUCUUAUUUUACUUGCAGUAACAUUUACAUUUAUUUACCAUGUGCAAGAUAUAUACAAUAUGCUACUGGCUAGGCAAUAUACCGAGAUAAAUAGGCUUGAAAUCUGAAAAAAAGGGCUGAUGUUGCAAUUUUUAAAAAGUGAAGUAAAAUAAAAUUUUUCUGCCAAUUUCCUUUGAAUUCAAUUUUUAAAAAAAAAUCAAUCAUAGUUUAUGAAAACAUCCUUAAGGUAACCAGCACAUACGAUCCUCAAAACAGCGUAAAGUAAGUUUUUUGUAUCAAAAUGAUUGUAUCAGGGCCAUUUUUAACUCUGAUAACUCUAACUUGCACAACCAAAAAUAUUGGCUAACAGUUUGUUCACUAAAUUAAAAAUUAAUCAUGUGUUUAAUGGACUUUUUUAUUUUGUUUAAUGUCAUUGAGAGUAAGAGUCACUUGAUGUUUAGUUUUUAAAUUUGUUAUUGCACCUCAUUCUAGCUUCCCUAACACCUACCUUACCAGUAAAAUAUUGUUCUCUCACUUUCCUCUUGUUACAUCAUACAAAGAAAAUAGCACUUGCACAUAUGCCAACUCUCCUGGAAACAGAGCCAAUCUCCUGCUUGCUCUUACAGGUGAUCAAAACUCCAGGAUAAAAGGAAGUUUGGAUCAGUUGCCUACAAAAAACUAAGAUUUAAGCUCAAUAUGUUCCAAAAUUCCAAAAUCAUCUGGCUUCUUAUGCUUGUAUUACAGUUUCUGGCUUCAUUUUCUUGUGUGAUGUACAUUGUUUGUUGCAAACUAAAAGAAGAGACUUUCUUCUUUGUUACCCCUAUAUAAGCAAGAGUCUAAUUGGAUGAGUAUUCAAAAUCAAAUCAAAAAAGAAAUUUUUUGAUUUGAAAAGACCCCCCCCAAUCAAAAAAUAAUUUUUUUUUGGGGGGGGGGGUUGCAUUGGUGAAUUUGGUCAGGGGUGGGGGGGGGUUGCUUAUCUGAAAAAAAAAACUCCAGAUUUGAGAUCUCCAGAGGUUGGCAUCUUUACACUUCAUGCAUAACAUUCCUAUAUUUUUAAUCUAGAUGAUAUUUUCCUUAAAAAGUAGUAUAUAUUUAAUAGAUGCUCCAUUUAUGAGAAGUGACCAUCUUUGAUUUUCCUCUGUACAAACACCUGCCUAAGGACUUGCAUGUAUACCAAAACAUUAAGUUACAUGGAACAUAAUUCAUGAUAUACCACUUAAAUACAAUGUGUAAGUUGUAUAUGUACUUGUAGUUCAUGAUCAAUAAGCUGGCAAUGUUAGCCUGUCAGUUUUAAGGUAACAUUGAUUAAAUCCAAAGCAGAAACGUCAUGUAAACCUCAUGGUGGUGGCUGUGGCAAUGGCUUUUUUUUCAGCUUCUUAUGUACCUGUGGAAUCUGAUGUCUGACAUUACGUUUGCUUCUUUUCUUAGAUGUAAACCAUUUUUGUAUACCAACAGUAAAGAAAAGGUGGUUUUCUGAUCUAAUUGGCCCUGAUGUUGGACAUCAGUUGGUUGCAUUCAAUAGUUGUGGUGAACAAACCAUAAAAAGUUGUAGCAAGAUGAGUGGAUUUAAUGGAACAAAGAGGGAAGCUGAAGGGACUCCACCUGAAGUAUUACCAUCUCCUGAGAUUUUACACAAAACUAUUUUUGUUAGAUGUGAAGACUGGAUGAAAGUGUACAAGUUGAAGGGAAUAUGGGUGACACCAGCUUCAUUCUUACUUUGUUUCAAGCCACAAAGACUAACUGAAAACUCAGGGCAUCCAAGUGAUGUUUCCCACGGUGUUCUGUGUUUGUUUUCUUUGAAAACUCAGAAAUAUCUCUACCACUGGUAAGCUAUUUUAAAUAACUUUUUUUUUUAUCACCAGAGUUUAUAUGGAAGUAUCUAAAGUUUGGAUACUUUGUAAUUAGUGAUGUAAGUACAAUAAAAAGUGUAGUCAUAAUAAUGUAUCUAUUAUGAGAGGUCAAUAAGAUCUUAGUGUCUGUCCAAGUUUUUUUUUUCCCAAAACAACUUUUCAGCUGAACUACCCUUAAAAGAUAGACAUGCUGUCCACGAAGGAAACUAUUAUUUUGGAAUUAAUGCAUUUUCCCCUGUCCUUUCCCUACAUCUAUAUGGUGUUGGAAAAAAAAUAACUCUUAAUUCCCAUUUCUAUUAAUUCUUAACUCCAAACUACUUUAAUUUAUAGGUUUUUGGAACCUUCAGUGAUAGUACAAAGUUGUGAACCAGGGUUCCCACAUCUGGUGCUCACUGGCACAUCUCUGGCAGUACCAGCUUUUGACAUUAGUCAAGAUCAGCUUGUCCAUAAAGUAAUGAAUGCUUUUCCAAUGUCAGAUGAAUAAUUAGUUAGCUUUUUUCUUCUUUAGCCCAAGGAAUAGCUUAGUUAAAGAAAGAAUGCUAGUCUUGAAAUAAGUGAAUAAACCAACUGAAGGAGGAUGCUUUGAAGCAAAACAAUGCAAUUUAUAUAAUAUAAUAACAAUACAAUGUAAAAUUCUUGUUGCAACUCACUCAGUCCUGGCUAUUUUUGAUUCCUCUAAAGGAAUGAUCUUAAGUGGAAAGUGUUUUCUGAAACAUUGGUCUGCUGAUUUAAACUCAUCUAUUUUGUAGGUAAUAAUGUAUGAGAAUGCAGUUCUAGCAGACUCUCUAUGCUUUGUGAAUCAGUGGGAUCAUUGUACCAUUCCAAUUCAUGCUUUAGAAGUGGCCUUAAAACUAAGGCAACUUGACACAGUUGCCUUCUUUUUGAAGAACCAAGACAAAGGUAAGAACCAAGCUCUAAGAUGUUAUGUUAUGAUUUAUCAGUAAUGCAACAGUUAAUGUUAAACUUCUUAAACUCUGUGGGAAUUGCAUUUAGAUCUAGAGAUAGUUAUCACAGUUAGUGUGAUUUGUAGUUUUAUUGCAUUUGUUUCAGCUCAUGAUUAUUUCUAUCCUUUUACUAUUUUCAAUAAAACUUCUUUUGGCUAAACACCAUUUUGUAUUUUUUUGUUUUGGGAGCAAAAAGGGGGAAUUAGUCCAUAUUUUGGGAUUUUCAUAGCAGAAUCAGUGGAAGUAGGAGUUACAUGUUGGGAGAACCCAAGAAAAGCUUGAAAGCAUGUAGUUUGUAAGAGAAAGGAUUUAAUAUCUGCCUCUGCCAUCAAAGUUUUGAUUAUUUAAAAUGCAAAUCUGUUUAUAAUGUAAAUCUCCCAUGAUUUUGAUCAUUUGCCUAUUCUCUUUCAGCUUUCACAAACAGAUGUGCUGCUCUCUACUCCUCAUCAGACUCUGUAUUGUCUUCUUUAAGUUCAGCAUCAUCACUAGACGGUGAAGGUGUACUGGGUACCACUGAUGUGGUGGCAGUGACAGAGGCCCUUGUUAGUGCUGUAAACUACAAUAGUCAGCGUAAGUGAGAAACAUUGCACUUUUGAUCUGUAAUGGUACAUGUAUGGUUACAAAAUGGGAGUGUGCUGUGAUAGGAAUUAACCUUUAUUUUUAAACAAAUUGUUAUUCAUCAGAAGUAGACCACUUUUUUUUCAAAAGUAAACAAAAAAGGAAAAAGAAAAAAGAUGGUACUCUCGCUGAUUCCUUUUGAACAGUUGGAGACAGAUAACAUCAAUCAAUUAAAGGGCCUUUGGCAAACAAAGAUCUGUGGUGUGUGCCUUUGUUUCUAGGAACCUUUCAGUUAGGUACUAUAUGAUGAGAUUUUUUCCAGAACAACACCACCAGCAUUUCACAAGGCAACUUGCACAGAUGACCCUGAGUUACCUCCACAACUUAAUGGAAGAUGGAGCAAAGUUGUUAGACGGUGAAGACCUUAAAAGAUCUGCUAUUGGACACAAAACUGGUCAAGUUGCAUGGAGCUUAUUACACCAAGAGAUAAAAGAUUGCCUCGAUUUUCUGACUCUUAGUAUUGUGAAGCUUCGAGGUCAUCUCAGCAACAUUCCUCUCAAUGAUGAUGCUCAAAGUUCUGACAUUGUGGACUUUAAUCCAAUGCCAUUUGCAAGAUUGGAUGCAGAUGAGGUGGAUGGAUCCAUGACAAGGUGGAGCAGAAUGAAGGAUGAGGUAUUGUGAUCAUAUAUAAGCUUGUUGUUUUUUGGACUGUAGAAGUAAUUUGGGAGAGAUUUGUUGAAACUUGGCGAUAAAAGUGCUUUGCCCUUAUAAAGUAUCAUUCAGUAGAAUUCUCUCACCCAUAAAAUGAUAGUGGAAUGGAUAUAAUUUCACAAGAAGUGAGAUGGCUGGCUUUGAGAAGGUUUUAAACUAACCACAACCUAAAUAUAAAUGUUUACCCUCUGAUGUUGUUUAUAUUUCUUUUAAAAUAAUUGAAUCUGUGGCUGCACAGCAUUGAUCCAGUUCUUUUCAUAAGUGAAUUCCAUCCCCUUAAAACAAACACCUUGUUCUGUAUUCUGUUUAUAUGCAAAGAAAAAGUUGUUAUCCAUCGACAUUGUAUGUAGUUUUUCACAUUUUUCUCAUGGUUCACCGUUAUUGGCAGUUAUUUUUUCUUUGAUUGUUAAUUUUUUAGUUCUCCAGAGCACCCAUUUAUAAUUAUAGCUUCAGCUGACAAGUUUACUCUGCUUAAAUAUGUUAUUAUUUUUAUUAUUGUUGUUAUUAUUACUAUUUUCUUUCAUGUUUUUUAUCGUCCAUUCCAAUAUGUCUUCACUGUUCAGGGCACAAAGUUAAUCACUGGAUAUAGCUCUUGUGCUAUUUAGUUAUAGACCUUCCUCUGCUUGCUAGGAUAUCAUUGAAGAUGCCAUUGCCAACCAAUAUAUUUGUUCAGCUCAAGCAUUUUUCCAGAGCAGGAGACUUGAAAAGAUGGUAUAUCCUUAAAUGUCAUAGAAAUUAUUUACUAUACUUGUUUGUCAUGACAGAGUUACCUUGUUUGAGGUUUGUAUUGACUCUUUGCACUGGGAUGGUAGGCUAUGGUGGCUGCCUUUGGUAGAAAAUUGUUUGAAGUUCUCCUGACAAUGUCCACAUACACAGGGUUAACCUUUCUGACCAAAGAUUUGACCCCAGUGUUUAUUUCUGUGACAAGAAUGUUGGUUGAUGUUACUGCAAAAUUCAAUCCUUUGUUGUGUCACAGAAAUGUCAAAGCAAUGUUACAUUACACAAUUUGAUAACACCUGAUACAGACUCAUAGUAUAGCAGUUCAAAUGCCUUAAUGUUCAUUUGACAGCUUGACCCUUUGAUUCAAUUUGGAAAAGGAUCAAAUAUUCAUUCAUAUAUAUAUAUUAAUCACAACCACCAUGUGUUAAUACACGCAUGGAUAUGCAUGCUCUGAUUGGUGGAGGAUUGUGUCAUAUCUUGCUACACCUCGUGUUAGGUGGUUAUAGCAGGGAUGCUAAAUUUCAAAGUUGCUGCUUCAUGUUUGUCAAUGUUUUCAAGGAAGUGUUAAACGUGAUAGAAGAAAAUUCAAUUGUAAAGAGCACUUAAGAUGCUUCUGAGUUUGGCAGAACACUUUUCAAAAGAAAGAUAUCAUGGAGUUUACUGACUGAAUGAAAUAAACCUGUCAAAAGUGCUUGCUUAUCUUGACACCAGUAAUACAAUUGGAAAAAAUACCCUAAAUUCUUUCUUUAUUUUCAGAAUUUACAACAAAAUUUGAAAGUGCCUGAUCAUUUAUACUAAAACAAUUAUUUGUCUCAGGCUCAGUGAACAUUGUUGAAUAAUCUCCUCGACUUCAUCUCGUGGGUUCUUCAACAAUAUUCACUUCCCCUCUGAUGAAUAAUUGUCAAUCAUCUUUAGCCCUUAGAACACAAAACCGUUCAGUGUGAUGGAUCCCUUUCAAGCUUCACACAAGUUGGUCUUCAAGUGGUUUUUAAGAGACUAAUUGAUCACGACAUGGAAACUGUGACUACCCUGUUAACAAACAUGGUAUGUUUGACUUCAACAAAACAAGCAUUUCUUUUAAGUCACUUAGAGUUGUUUUCCCUUAAACUAGACAAGGACACUUCUUUUUAGCAAGAAAAGUAUUAUCUGAUUUCUGUAGAUAAUCAGACAAAAAAUGUGAUGUAUAUUUUUCAAAAUAUACAUAAAUAGCUUCAUCCUUUUUAAAUACACAUGGAACCAAUACAUGUAUUUAAUUCUGAACUAUUUAUUUCAGGGUCGGGAUGUUUGGCAACAGCUUCACAAAGUUUGUCUGUACACGCUUCACAGACCUCUCAGAGAUUUUCUGGUAAGGCUUCUUUGAAAUCGGUGAGUUGAUAGAAGAGUUUCCAAGAAAUCAAUAAUUAGAGUGAAAUUUUGAAGCUGAUUGGAACAUGUCCCUUUAAUAGAAGGUUCAAUCAGCCUUGUAGUCCAUCAUUAGCUUGCCUGUUUGGUGAAAGCAAUUUGUGGUUCAUAUUGGAAGACCAUGCAAAAUUCAUCUAGUUCCCUGGCUGUUCUCCUCAUGCAGAGGACCUUUACUUGGGAAGUAGAAUGUAAAGGGAAGUUUGUUAAAAAUGAAAAAAUGCCAAGUGCUGUGUUGACUUGUCAUCACUUGGCCAAAAGCAAAAGUGUAGAUAACAAUAAACAGUUUUCUUUCAUCUCCAAUAAUCAAUAAGAAUACUCCAGCCCCUGUUCAGUCACUAUAUCUUAGUUAUCACCUGACAGUCUUGUGUCAGUACCUAGUAAAAUUACCAUAAGUUAAGGAAAUUCUGCAGCAGAUUCUAGAGAAAAUGGCACUAUAGUACUGUGUUGGGGAUGCCAGCAUCACAAUCAUUUAAAAACAAGGUAGCCCCUGUUUUGACGACAGUGUUGGGACCAAGACAAGGGUUCCUUGAGUAGAUGUGCCACUUCAAAAGAGGUAAUGAAAGACUGGUUUCGGUCUAGGACCAAACUUUGUCUACCCCAAACUAAAAUCCUUGUAAGAGGAACAUGUAUUUGUGCAUAUAAGGGUACAGACAUCAAUUUUUGUUAAUUGAUAAUUUUUCCAUGGGUAGUUGAAUGAGCUAGAAUCAAGAGAUUUCUUGCCAGCUGAGGAAAGGAAUGUGGUGGAGUUUUCAAAAACCUUGGAAACUUUAUACAAUCAACCAUCAUUCACAGAGGCUAAGAAAAAUGUGAAGAUUAAUAACUUGAAAGACAGGUCUGUGACAAAUGACUGCAAAUAUUUGAAUAUCAUAUAUCUGAACUGUAGAUUAAUUGUAAAUGAAUGUGAGAGUGAUCUCCGCCAUAAUAAACACUACCAGUACUUAAGCAGUGGUGACAAUAAGGCUUGCAAAAAAAUUCAGAGGUGUACGGGAGUUGAACUCACGACCUCUGCAAUACCAGCACUCCACCAACUGAGCUAACAAGCCAACUGGGAGCUGGUCAUUUUGUUUGUUCAUAAUAAACCUGUGAAGUGAUGAGUAAAUGACUGUGAAUAAAUGAAUACCAUUAUGUGAACUGUGGAUUGAGUGGGGGGGGGGGGCUAUUUUUGGCUCUGUUGUCUCUGUUGAAUUAUUUUUAUUUUUGCAAAAAAGUGGGGGGGCUAAAGCCACUCCAUCCCCUCCCUCUGCAUGGUCCCUGUGUAGUAUUUUUGUUGUUAAGAUAACAUUUUAGUACCUUGUAAAAUCCAUAGGAAAAUGCAAAUACACAUGGGCAGGAUUGUGAUGUUGCUUGAUCAUUAUUUAAUCAUUAUACAUGUAGCUCUGCAGUUGUAAACCUUAUGGAUGUGCUGUAAGACAAACCAUAUCAAGACAGUAUGGUAUGUUAUAUCUUAGCUGGAGAGACCUUGGAUUGUUAAAAAGUUCUUUCAAUCUGGGUUCAGCUCAAAUCCUUGACACCUACAUUCAGAGUGGGAAUUUAACACCUGUGGACCUCAACAAGCAGGUAAAAUCUUCACUGAUUUAUUUACCAGUAUGUUUGUGUUUUACUUGUUGUGCAGGUACUCCAGAGGACAGUAUACCAAGUUUGGGCACAGGACUUGGAAUAAAGAUUUUCUGAGUCUCUAUUUGCUAGAAAUAGUUAACUCUACAUGAUUAUCCACAAUUAUAUUAAACUCAUUUAGCAGUAUGUUGGUCCUCAUCUCUCCAAUGGUCAUUCUGUAAUCCAAUUAAAUUAAAAUAUGAGUUCUAUUGAACACACAGUCAAACUACUGCAUACUUGGCCACAACUUGACUAACCUGAGCUAUGAAAUUUAGUUCACUCAAAGUGCUUUAUUAAUUCUCAGAUUGUUUUUCCCCCAUCUUACAUUGUACAGAUGAGUUGUACUAUAGUAUAGUCCACAUUACACUCAGAGUGGUCUUCUUUGUAGGGGAAUAGAAUAAGUGAAGUUGAAUCAAGAGCAAUAUUAUGCAACUUCUCCCGCAAAUAAAUUGGUUGCCCAUUGUCACUGAAGAAUGUUUUGUGCAGUGAGGUUUUGAUCUUUUUGUUUUUGCUGAGGCCAGAUUGAGAAUCUAUAAAGAAGUGUUGCUGUGAUGCAUUUCUCUCAUAACUACAUGCAAGUAGAUCAAUGCUUUUUAUGAUUGUGCAGGUUAAUGUGUAAUGUACUUAUGUUUUGAUAAUGAUAUGAUUUCACAGGAUCAUUCAAAAGGCAGUAGUUAUGUUGAGGUACCUCUUGCAUGGGUUUGUUCUUGGGAUGAGCCAUCACGACAGAGAAUUGUAGCAGAUAGGAUUUUCUCACAUAAAGGUAGAGGACUGAACUUAAGUUAUUUUGGUGUUUAUCUUUACAAAUGACUGAAAUGAAUAAACUAACCUAAAAUGUAGAAGACACCAGCAUGCAAUUCUCAAAAGAGAGUUCCUUUGCAGUAUCUAGUUCUUCAGGUUAGUAUAGUUAGACUAAACAUAUACCCAUGAUCAAGCCAAAGUAUACUUCGUACCUUCACAAGUUAAUGAUGAACAAAGUGAUGGAAAGUUUCUGAGUCAUUUGAGGAGCAUAAUACUUUAAUUUAUGGGUGGAUAAUGCUGUCCACUAGAUAAAUCUCUAUCUGGUGGAUAGUGUAGUCCUUUCUGUUAACACUUAUCUGCUGGAUAGCUAUUUAUACAUUGGAUAGCAUCAUCCACCCUUUGAACAACUGGGCCUAGAUGGUUAAACUAGUUGGUUAAUUAAAAGCAUUAAUCCUAAGUGAUCCAAACAAUAUAUAAAAAGAGCAUCCUACUGGUACAUAUAUAAGUAUUUACCACUCUGUAAGGAAGGAUUCCUAAGAUCAAAAUGCUUGAACUUGACUGUUUCAUUAAUAUGAUUAAACUGAGGUUGAGCAAGAUAGCAACCUGUUUUUUCAGCUGGAGAUUAUAGUUGUCCACAUCCAGAUAUUGGGUUCAGUUCUGAAGCACUUUGGGAGUACCUCUCCUCUCAUAUGGACUGGCAGACUUUGUUGGGAUGGAUUAGAUCAAUUGCCCAUGAUAACAAUCCACCUCAUGAUGAUCUCACACAAUAUGUGGGUGCGAUGAGUGUUGUUCAUGACUGGAACAUUAUAUUCCCUUCACUUCCGUGUUGCAUCUUCAGUGGAGGAAAUUUCUGUCACAAGGUUGUCAAAGCAAUGAUUAUGGAAGAGCUUUCAAGGUCAGCCCAUUACAAAAGUUUUAAACUCAUUUUAGGGAAGAUAACAAAUAAAGAACUCAUCUUUUAUGUCUGCUUCCAUAAUUUUACUUCUAUGCUUGUGUUUGUAGUAUGAAGUCAAACAGUUUAAAGUGGGUGGAGAUUCACUGUAACCUACCUCUUACAUCUUUUCAGUUUUCUCUUGCAGCCUUCAGUUAUCUUUUGUAAUUUGUGCUAUUUUCACAAAUAGUGAUUACCAAAAGUCAUGCUUCUGCACAUUUAACCACAUUGCACACACACCUGUAUGCUAUUGUCCUAGAUGACAUGGCACUUGAUAGUGUUUUGAAAUAUCAAUACACAAUGUACAUAUACUUUUUUUCAAUUUUAUUCUAUUGUAAUCUGCAUGUUACAUUUACUUACACCUUCUAAAAUUAACAUCACUUACUCACCUAACUAACCAACUGAAGGUCUCACUACUUAUAUCCUUAUUUUUACCUCUUAAAAAAUAACAUGAAUUAAACCUUUAACUUAUUUACCUUCACAUCACUUUACUUUCAUCAGCAUUGUUUUUGAUAGUGAUAAACUCAAUGCUGAAUUGUUACUUGACUUGAUAUACUUACAGUACUACUCAAACAAGUUCUUAUGGAAUCUAAAAUGAUAGGAGAAAAGUACCUUCAUUACUAACACUUAUUUCAUGAGGAGACAAUGUGGGGACAUUCAAACUGAAAAAAAUUUUAAAAGGUGUCUUCUUACCAUUGAAACCUGUAUGUGCUACAAUCCAUCCCUGUUUGUUUGUGGAAGCAUUGUAACUUCCAGCCUACUUACAUGUUGCCUUUCUUUUGUAGUUUAUUGUAUGCAUUCUUUUGCAUGCAUCAUUAAUCUAUAGUCACUAGUAAUAUUGGGCCCUAUUUAGGAAUGGAUUGUUCACAACAUCUCAGCUGUCAAAUUUUCCCCUUCUUCUUCGAUGUUUGAGUACUUCCCAGGCAUUGUUUGGGCACAGUCUUCCAUUUUCCUCUGUGGAUGGUGGAUUCAGCAAGGAAUCCUUGCCUGUAGAAGGAUGUCUACUAACUGUUUCCCAGUUUCAUCGAUGUUUUGUUGACUACUGCAUAAGACUGAGGCUUAUUAACCUUUUGUACCACUACAUAGACUUUUAUGGGUGAGUAAGUUUAUAAGAUUUAUGACUGGAGCAGUAAAGCUUAUUUAAAAUUAAAUUGGAUUUUAAAGCAUGGGUACCUAUAGAUAUGUAAACUAAAGAUGUCAUUUUCUAGAACUACUUGAAGCUAUGUGAGGGACUUAUUUACAAAACCUCUGAUAUUACAUCAAAUAUAUAAAUAUUGUUUGUUAAGUUCAACUCCUGUGGUGUGGGAAAUUUUUCAAUAUUGUGACUCUAUAUUUUGAAAUUCUGCAGUUUUUUGGUGGGCCUUUUUGAUGUUUUACAUUGUUAAUUUAUAUUAAAAGAGGACUUAAUACUGAUACAAACAGGUUUAAAAUUCAGAAUGAUGUUUAAGGUUUUUUAAUUUGUUCCUUCCUUGUUUGUGUCAGUCUACUGAAAAUGGGUCAAUGUGGAUGAUAUAUAUUUAACAGCAUUGCUAUAUAUUAAUUGUUAAGCUAAUUAAUUGUUAAGCUGAUGUUUACCUUUGAAGACUCUGUGAAUCUAAGGAGAAUGUUAGAGAACUCAACUUGGAAUCAAGUAGACCACACUGGGUUGACAUGCUUAUAAAAUGCCGUCUCUUGGGGCUCAAUUCUCAAGGUACAAAAUUUCUGUUGUUAAACUUUCCUCAACAAAUAGAUUAUCACUGAUGUAAAACAAAUGCAGUGAUAAGAACAGCUGCAAAUAGAAAUGAAAUCAAGAAUGCUGACAAUAAAAACUUCCUUAAGAAAAACAAUGGUGGGUAGUUAGGUGGCAUUUGAAUGUACAGUACAUGGUCAAAAUUCAAACAAUUUGUUGAGUGAUUUGGUUUGGAGCUUGCAUAAAACACAUGUCUGUAAAUGGAGAUGAGAAGGGUAGUUAAAUGAAUGUUCCAAAUUUUACUUCAUCCAAGUGAUGAGGGGUAAUUGUUUAAUAGCAAAAUGCCCCAAAGUUGCUGAACAACUGAUAGCAAAUGACCACACAAAAUAAGGACCGUAAGUGCUGACACUCUUGUUAAGACUCAAUGCUCACCUUAAAAUGAUCUUUAGUCCAGGAGCAAGAGGAAUCUUAGAAAAUUUUGAGAAAAAAGAGAAUACUUUGAUACAUGUAGAUAAAUAAUGUUUUCUAUCCAAUGUGACUAUCCUUUAUAGAUCCCUGUUCUGUUUUGCAAGCCAGUCUUGCCAUUGCUGGGUUUAUUUUAAGAGUAGAACCGCCUUCCAUCAUGACCACUCUGAAAGCUGGACAUCCAGAAUUGGCUAUAAGCAGUCUUUUGUAUGGGCCAAACACACUGAGUCAGGUAAAAUGGUUUCAUUCACAUGUGAUUUGUCCUCUCAUCUACUCGUCAUAGAAUGCUGCUGACACUUUGUAAAGUUUAUGGCAAGAAGGAAUUAUUUCAAUUUGAUAUUUAAGACUUCCAAGAAUUUUUGAAUACUCAACAGUGAUAUUAUUUGGUUAAUGAAGUGUUCUACGAUAAUAGUUAUAUCAGUAGCAGUAUCAUGCAUGGUGGUAGGUUCCUGAAUUCUGUUUGGCAGCUAAAAGGAUGAAUUACACUGAUUUUAUUUGAAAUUACACAUAUGUAGUCUCUGGAAUAUACAGAACAAUGCAAGAUUUACAUAUCUUUACCCUAAUGGUUUAGCUUCAUGCAAGUAUGUUUUUUGAUAUACUAGCAGGGUGCAUUGUUCACAUUCAAACCUAUACAGGAGUAGAGAAUUGGUUGUUCACUCUGAGCUGCAUGGAUUCCCUUUUGCUUUAGGCCAUCGUGUCAUCAGAAUCACAGUCGAACAUUUCAGUGUGGCAAGUAGAAGACAAAGUUCUUCAUGAUUCCCUUUUGAGUUUUCCCAAAGUACAUUCAGCUGUAUUCCCUGUUUCAUCUGGUAGCCUUGGCAUUGAAUGUCAGGAUGUGUCAGUGUACAGACUUUUACAGGUACGCUGGAGGUAAAUUAUUGAUUUCACCCAAUAACAACAUGGUGAAUGAAUUUAGAUUACGAAUACAGUAGCCAACUAAAUUAUAGUUAUUGGGGUAUGGGAGUAUCAUUGUUUCAAAGAAAACAAAGAAAAGAUUUUUAAGAUAAAAAGGUAAUCUGAAAAUUAUUCUCAUAUUUUGGAUGUAAUAUUUGCAAAGCUAGAUUCAUUAGAUUUCCAAGUUAAGUUAUUCCUUAAAACUACCCUGGGAAAGACUGUGUUGUUGACCUGUGCAAUGGAUUUGAUAAAAGAUAGAAGAAUGCUUUCUCUGGUAAGGUUUAAAUGCCAUAACAUUUGUCAUAGUUAGAUUCAAAGAAAGUCUGCAGAAGCCUUUUCUCUGAAAUCAUGCACUUGAGUGGUUCAAUCUUGCUAUAAGCUUGACAAAUUUAUUGACCUUUGUUUUGUGUACCCUAAUUUGUUAACAUUCCUUCAUCUUGCAGGGGAAUUCACCAUUUGAAAUAUCGCGACUUUUUGGUUGGCAGCCAACGAAUGACCUUGCCCCAAAGGGAGGUAAAUUUUUUCAUGUUGAUGACACAAAUUGUUAUCAUUUAAGUGGGGUAGAUCCUGAAAAAAAAUUGUUUUUGGUGACUAUGACUGACGCUUUCUGGAGAGGCUAUCAUCACAAGUACCUGAGUCAAAUGCAUAGAAAAUCAUUAAUUAGGAAGAGGAUAGAUUUUGAGCUCGGUUGUUGGGGACAGAUGAAUGGUGAACAUUUAGAGAAAGCAAUGAGAUACUAAUCCUAAGCAAAAACAAGAUCCAAGGACCUCCUCAGAACUUGAAUUUUAAUUGAAAAUCAUUUCAGUUUUAUGCACACCCAAAUUAGUUGUGAAUGAAACAUAGUACUGCACUGUAAUCACCUGAUACAUCAAGCAAACUCAGCAGCAACAUCUGAGUCUAAAAUGAAGUUUUAGUAACUGCAAAAAACUUUCUGGCUUUAAGGAAAAACACGCAUAGCAAACAUCAGUCAGGAAAAAAGCACAAUGACUGUAAUGCAGUGUCUCUAUUUGUAGAAAAAAGUUUUGCUUGGUAAUCCUUAGUGAAAAAUUAAAGAGUACAUGUUUCUUUUUGUGGGGCAUCUUUUCAAAACAUAAUGGUAAAACUGAUCCCGGACUUUUACCAAAAUUCACCAUGAAAUUGCAUUUUGCAUGCUCUAUUUCUCAACAAAUAGAAAUUUUUUUCCAUGUCCUCUCAGAAAAUAAUGUAUCUUUGACAAUCCAUGCCAACAUGAGUUUACCUUGCGAUCUUAAAAAACUUAAGAGGCCUUUCCUGAGUAUGGGCCUUAGAGAGCCAAAGAUGGUUUUAUGAAGAUAUUUUUUUCAUUACCAUGCGAUUUUCAAAGAUCACAUGCAUGUACGUGUGAUUGUUUGGCUGAAUAUUAUUAAUUCUUUAACUUACUUAAAUGACUGAUCUAAAUGAUACUCAUUCCCUUUUUCAGAUACCUCGUAUGAUAUGCAGCAUUUCUCUUGUGACUCUUUAGUUUUUCAACAUGCCCAUAGAGAACGUCUGACGUUCUCAUAUUACCUUCGUCAUGGUAGACCCUCUUUUGCGUUCGUAGCUUUUAUUGGAGAGAAACUUAAAGAUGUUAACGUGUCUAAAGCUAGGUAAGUAUUAUUAUUUUCAUUUCCGCUUUUCAUACCCCGUAAAAAAUUGUCACAGUGCAUUACAGUAGCUAUCAUAUAAUUAUCCUCUCCUCUUGUAUUGUUACAGCAUCCAGAAAGCAGCACUGAAAGCUUACAGAGUUGCUAUACAAAAUCUAACGAAUCCUUCGAUAUGCGCUGCAUGUGUGGUCUUCACUGAGAUGCUAGGAAUGGAUAGCAUGGCCCUGAGGGUGGAUAUACAGGCUGCUAGUAGAUUACUAGCUCAUGGAGGAUCUCAUGAAGAUCUCUUUGGAGAUAAUGCCAUGAGAGAGAAUUCGAUGGCAGAUGCAAUUGGUAUCUAUCUUACUAAGCAUUAAAUGUAAUGGUGGUGAUGUUACUUGAAGUGCUUUGCUGUUUUUCAAGGCUGAAUUAAAGAAUUGAGUUACCUCUCUCCUUAAAAAUAGGCAAUUCAUAUUGUUUUCAAAUGUUUGAAUUUACUAUUCAACCAAAAUUAGAAACGUAAGCUUUGUUGUAGAAAUAAUCAUGGACAUACUUCUUGUUUAUUCUUGAAGAUAAAUACAGCUUCCUUUCGCUAUUAUUUUAACAAAGAAGUAGCAAAUUAUCAUUGCAGAUGAUCUUUUCUUCAUUUGAAAUUUGUUUCCUUACCUUCAGCAUCAGAACUUUUGUCAUGUUCUGGAAAAGGCAGUGAAAAGCCUUUACGACUUUUAGUUGCUUUGAAAACAGCUACAAGAAAUAUCAUCAGUAAGGAUUGUUUGGACAAGUAAGUUAAAAUGUACCUGUUAAUGUACCUAUGUAACACCAAGAGGAAAAUCUUCCUUCUCGUGUAUAUACAAAAAAAAACUUAACAGUUGGAUAUUAUAAAAAAACCCACAUUAAUCAAGUUGUUUACCUGGACGGCCUGCUAUUCAUUGUGCAUUUGAUCCCCUGCUGAGUAACAUUGUAAGUUCCAGUUUCUCUUGGUUACGCCACAGCUCUGAGCCACAAGCAUUCUAGACUACAAAUGGCCUUGAUUGGCCACCAUCUCCCCUGGACUCUGCUGCAAGUCAGACACUCGUGACCAAGAAUUUAGGCUUUGAAGGCAACAUGGCAACUCUCUGUCAUUCUCACACUUAAUACAUUUAGGGUCAAGUAUUUGAGGGGUUUAUGUUGAGUUAAAGAUUUUCUCUUGUUUUACCAGAAACUUUACUAUGCUCUAGUUUAUUUCCGUACCAGUGUGAAGAAGUGGACUCUGCUGAGGUGUUAAGUCGCUUUCAACUUAGAAACAGAAGGAAUCUUGAUUAUUACUUGGCUAUGUGUCACAGAAAUCUUUUUACGAUCAUAUAGGUAACAGUUCCUCACCCGCAUAAGAUGCAUAGAAGAAAAGUAAAACUAAAACUGUUAGUUAAGCUGUACUAAUACACACAAGUGUUUUGCAAAGGGAAAAUGAAAACGUUAUUUUGUACUCUAAAUUAAAGAUUCGUAAACUGUUUGUUUUAUCUUCAUUAUUUUCUGCAGGACUUCAUUUGAAGCAGGCCAGCUGUGGAGUCUUGUGGUCCUAUUCUGUCGAGUUCACAAGAUGGAAUUUCCAGUGGCAUACUUACAGGAUUGUGCAGUUGCAGAAAAGUGGCUGCCAUUUAUUUGCCAUGCACAAGCUUGUCAAGUUCCAAAAGAGCAGGUACUUUUACCACAUCAUUUCCAAAAAUCCCUUAAAAGCAAUUUGUAUAUGGGAAGUGCUUGUUUUCAAUUCACAAGUGCAGAAGCAUGAAAGAUGCUGUAUGUCUCCUGAAAAUGUUUGAAAUUCAGGAAGGUUUUACUAAGAAGCGAUUUGUAUCUGGAAAGUGCUUUUCUUUAAUUUACAAAAGCAGAAGCACGAAAGAAGCUGUAUAUCUGCUGAAAAUGUUUGAAAUUCAGGAAGGUUUUGCUCAUGAAGAAGUUAUUUAAUAGUUAAAAGGUUUAUUCGACAACAGGUUAAAGACUGCCAUGAUUUGUUAGCCAUUUCUUCAUCAACUGUUUUGGAAUUUUUGGAGUUUCAACAUCACUGUUCCUUUUUCCUGCUGUAUUGGCGUUCAUUUGUUUUAGCAAGCUAAAUCUAUUAUGUUUUGGUUUAAAGCUUGAGCCAUAGAGUCUGCCUUUUCAAUUUCAGGUGAUCUAUGUCAUUGAGCACAACUUCUCUUACUCUUACAUCCAAGAACAUUUGCUUUUGGCCUUUGAAAAUGUCAAGUUGAUUAAUGUAGAGAAUGUCUCUAGCAGUGAACUUGGCAAGAGGCGACCCCGGAAAAGAAAGUUGGUCAGGACAGGAGAACAGGUAGCCUUGUUAUUUCAUGUUGAACGUUUUGCUCACAGGGAGACAGCUUUAAAACAAACCUAAAAAUAUUUGUGGAAGAUCUGCUCAUUCGUGUAAAAAUGUCAUAGAGGAGAGGAACUUCAGGAAUUCACUGCCAUCAAAAAUUUGACUCGGGAUGCUAAAGGAAACUGGCAACGUCAAUAAAAAAAUCAAACAAGUUUACUGAUUUAAUAUGUUUUUCAAACACUUACGUUUCAUUAUACCCAACAAGAAAUUUUUAACUAAUCUGAUGGAAAAGAAAGAAAGUAAGUGUAGCUUCUCACCUCAGUCAUCUCAUAAACGAGACUGGAAAACCCAAACUUACAGCAACUGGCAACAAGAGAAUGUUGCGAGGUCAACAUGCAACAAGGAAGUCACGAGCGGCUUUUAAGAUUGCUUUUACUGGAACAUGGCUUCCCUCUAGAAUUUGAUUUUGAAGUGUGUGCUUCUAACUCCUUUAAUCCUACGUCGCUUUCUUGGUUGUAUGUAAUAUAUUCAUAGCAUCUUUACACCAUAUUAGAACUUAGGAAUAUCAAAUACGUGUCACUAUAAAAAACUGGAUCAUUGAAUAAUGCAAUUUAAGAGUUUUAAUUUGCUUAGUUGUCACGGGUUGCGAGCCACAAUACCAUGAGCAUGUAAGAAGAAGAGUUAAACAAGAAGUGUUUUUGUACAUUUAAACAUUCCUUUAAUUUGCUCUUACAAAAGAAAGUUGGUAGAUGUACCAUUCAUAUUUUGAGACGUUUUUCAUGAAACAUUUAUUCCACUCGCCCUUGUGGGCUAUCUCUCGUCUCUCGCGACUGUAGGGUAGUUUUUUAUUAUAAUCCAUCAAAUAUUUAUGCUUGCAACCGAUUGGUCUAAAUGCUCUACGUGGUUGAAUAUGCCUUAAGUGAAACUGAGGAACAUCCAAGGAUAUGCUACAAAUGAUGCAACCCAAUUUUCAAACUUUACUUCUAUUGUUAGAAAAGUGUUCAUUUGAAAUUUAAUUGAAGGUGAGAGAGCGUUUAGCUAUAGUUACAGAAGAAGUGACAUAUGUUUGUUCAAUAUGUUGUACCAGAGAGCACUGAAAAGUAGACAUUCUACCCAACAAACAGUAGAAUGUUCAUUAAUAUUUGAAGGAUAGUAAACACAAUAUCCUCCAUUUAGGGCGAAAAUAUUCUUGACAUCUAUAUUUGUCCUUGGACAUAAUCUGUUCCUCGAAGCUCACAAUUUUCCUUGAGCUUCGCUGUCAGAAAACUCUUCAGAUCUCAGAACAGGUAAGGUCUGCAGACAAAUGUCCAUGAACAUCUUCAUGCCAAAAGGAGGAUAUUGUUUAUUUAGUAUUUUAUUAUGAGUAUCUAGUUCGGGUUACGUCUUUACACAGUGUCAUGAAAUAUGCAUGUUUGGACCAAAGGGAGGUCAAAAUGGUUGGAUAUUGGCCAAGAUACUUUAUUCGUAUAUUUUUUAAUUUAUUUAAAUUUGUUUUUUAAAUGUUGAAAAUGAAAAAGGCUCAUAAAUAUAUCUUAUUAGACCUUUUGGUGUGUAGUAUCGCUGAGAAUUUUUACGAGUUGUGCCGUAUUUUGACAAGCCCUACAGUACAAUAUAACCAACUGUCCAAAUAACCAUACAACAUCGCAGGAUAUUUGUACUCUAUUCGCGCGUUAUUUCUACUCUUCUUUGCACAGUUAUAACAAUUUUUAGCGGUCGUGAAUAUGGCUUGGAAAUCAUUGACAUUUUUUCAUUCUUUAGGGUGCUCUCUGAAUAGUGGUUGUUAUAUGGAAUGCAAAAUGGAGAAGUUUCUCUCUGUAAAGUUCUUAAUAACUCACUUCAAUAAUUAAUAGUUCUCAUUUAUUACAAAGGUUCAGGUUUUUGUUCGCGUGUUGUUUGCCAAAUAUUCUUUGCGACAAGUUCUUAAUGAGGAUUGGUAUCUAUCGCAUAAGCUAGCUCUUACAGAGUUAUGUUUAUUCCAAGGUCAUGGCACCAUCUCGAGAUGUGCGUGCUCAGUUCUACUCUCGCAUGGGUCUCAGAGCAACAACAGCUGCACAACCUGAAACUGUCAAGGAGGAACAAGUGGUGCAUCCAUCAUGCAGCAGUAGUGCGGAUGAUGAGGAAAGCAGUAGAAUAUCGAGAAAAGGCGAUGAAAAGAAAUUGGAGAACAAGAAAAUAGAACAUCACGCGGAUGAUACAUUUGAUGCUGGGUUUUCAGGUUGUUAAGACUAAAUUCUGUCAUUGAGGCUGCAAUUAUGGCAUAGUUUUCAUGCUUUGUUGUCAGUGGCUUAGUUAACUUAAAGGGAGGUUAUAUAGUGGGAAACUUGUUUCGUAUUUUGAAACAAAGAGUUGCUAAACGGAAUCCUUGUUAUGUGCUAAGAAGGCUAUCACUUCCUUACAACUUCCAUUAGUAUGAUACUUUCAAUGUUUUUACUUACUCUAUGUGCAAUUUGUUUUCAAGAAAAGCUCCUCGAUGCCGAUGAAGUACGACAUAAUCUUUUUGACAUCCUGUUCAAAUGCCAAUCAGCAGAAGUUCCAUGGAGGAGCUUACUAGCCUAUUCAAUAACGCUUCAAAGGUCUCUGCUAUCCGUGCUUGCAACAUGCUUUCAGGUAUGGCUUCUUUAGAAGAGUUUUAGUGCAAUGAGAGUGUGCAAAAGGUGAAAUGAUAUUUUAACAUUUUAGCGUAGGAUUAAAUGAUCUGUGUGUUUUUCGAAGAACUCUAUCAAACCAAAUUUUAAGAGAAAAUUUUAUUUUGAAACCCUCAUGACUUACUUAGUAGGAGUUUUAUUUGCCAAGAAUAACGCCAAAGAAAGUUGUCAAAGGUAUACUAUUAUUAUCAGAAUGUUUCAUAGAUUUAUUGUCUGUCAUGCUUUAUUUUUACUCUUCAAGUUGAUUGAAGCAAAGCAAAUUGUCACGGGAAAAAAAGCGAGACGUUACACUGAAAAGUGCAAUUCUUGCUAUUGAGGAAACGAUAGCAUUUAAUUGGACAUAUGGAAAGAGGGGUUCAUCAAUGGGGAAGGGAGGGGUAUAACACUUAUACAUGUAUAACCGGUUUAGAUUUAUUGUGUUGUUUGAUAUUCAGUGGUUUUCAGCUACCAUUAAGGAGAAGGGUCUAUUAAGCAGCGCAGUUGUUUAAAGUUGGUCUUGGCCUUCCUUCGAUUAGACAUUUGUAUUUUGAAAAGGUGUUUGUGUGGUCUUACAUCAUGUAGAAGAGUCACCUGGAUAUAGAGGAUACAAAAACCAGCGCCUUCAUUAUCGACAAGAUUUCGUUUUGUUAAAGUUUUUUGAAUACCUUGAUAUUUGUUGAUGAAUUUGAGAGGAGGUUUAAGCAGCCUUAUUGUUCUUCAAAGGAUUCCAGGCCACUUGAUUGCCUUUGCGCCUGGCUCUGCUCAACUGUGUGCCCAUCUGUCUUGAAACCUGCUGUAGCGUCUAUCCCAGGUAUGGAGCACAGCUAUAUGCAAUUUUUUUUAAUACAGUCUCCUCUCUUGAAGGGAUGUAUUGCUGACAAUCUCACUCACCUUCUCUUUUAAAAGCUCUUCUAGUGCACUUACUUUAACCUAUGACGAACCUUGAAAAAGAGAGUUAUUGUGCCUGCUGAUUUGAUCUAAAUUACCAAAGAAUUGUAUACCACAUUUUGAAGACUUGGCAGUAUCAGUUAACCAAACAAACAUAACAUAACAUAACAUAACAUCUAAGCCUCUUUGCCGUUGAAUUACUUAAGCUUCUGUGAUAAAUAUAUAUUUAUAUACAUAUAUGUUACAGAGACACUAGCACCACUCACUUACACGUUAGGUAAAUUACUAAGUUAAUCAUACAAUUCAUCACUUACAGCAGAUUACGUAGAGGACUGUUAAUAAACUAAUACCGUACUUCACUGUAAGCGCCUUAGGUGCUUACACCAUUGAUGUAGAUAAAAAGAGACAUGGGAUUGUUUUACUAUGUUGAAGAUUAUAUGGAGUGACUGAAGAUAUUAACUCUGUUACCUUUGAGUGAAUGGUCACCAAUGAUAUAAUUAUUUGAUUGUUAUCUAACAUCUGACAAGACUGUCAUCUCUAACGUUUAAUACUCCAUUAACAGGCAGUCGUCGGCGAGGCUCCUCGGAUGUACAAAGUAUGAUUUGUUACAUUUAUGUUUUUCAUGUGGCCCUAAGGCAUGAACAAUCUCAUUGUGUUAGUUGCAUUAGGUUCAUUAACUUUUAUUUGCUUUAAUAUGUUACACGCAAGACUUGUGUUUUGUUGUUGUCUUUUGUUUGAGUGUUGAAAAUAGUCGAAGGAAAGUACAUUACAAUUAUUAAUAGAUGCUAAAGUUUAAAGGAGGCCCACUAUGUAUUGAAUGACCAGACUUCUUCAUCGUUCAGUACGAUAACGUCACCAAUUAAAAAGCUUGUCAUUGCCUACUGGACUGUCCUGCUGGAGUUUGACAUACAUAUAUUAAGUAAUAUAUCUGCACAAGUAAGAGGAAUGUUUGACGAAACAAAUGAAUCCCAGUAGAAGGAAUCUACACUGACUGUAGUGUCGUGAUGUUAAUUUGUGGAUCAGUGUAUGAUGUGAGGCAACAAUGAAGAAAAUUUGUAACUGUCCUGGCUGUUUUGAUGAACCUUUCGGUCUUAGGCUUUUUCCAGAUGGGACUAUAUCCAUGUUAAAGAUGAAAAUGCUUGAAAUCUCCGAGUAAAGUGAAAAAAAUUCUUAAUAAGUAAAGGUUUGGUCAUUUUUAAAUGGAUUGGUCUGGAAAGCCUGUUGUAAUUGUUGAAAGGGACCCUAAGAUAAUCUCAAUCAUGUCGUUCUUUUUCUUGAAAGACUGACUCUUGGUAAUGUUGUACACUAAUGUCAUCUUCUUCGCACUGAUUUUCAAAAUUCGCCAGUUAAGCCACCAUGAAUUGCAUCGCAAACCACCUAAAAUCCCGGCUUUAAGUCAAUAUCACUGCUGUAAUCUACUAAAUAUUAAAUGAAAGCAUGUUAUAAUUCAACAGAACUUCAGUGGCAUGACUGGACCCUGGGAGACCUUACAGCUCUCAUUUUAGCAAUUGUUGAAACGAGAGAGACACUUGCUCACACCCUGGCCAAGGCAUUUUACAUCUUUGAUCCGGUGAGCUAUGACUCUUAUGACUGGCUAUAAAGACCAAAACUGAAAUCUGUUUUAUGAGGUGUGAAGAGGUAGGACUAACGAUACAUCCUUGUCACAGUUGUGGAAGAAUUUCCCACUUCCUCCUUUUCAGUAUUGGGAACAAGAAGAUUGGACGGCCUGAAAAAACCGCAACUCAACCUUGAGAGGGUAGUGGGGAUUUUUUUUUUAACAAAACUUGGCUAGGUUUGAAGUUGCGAGAAUGAAUUUGAAAUCCAUGGAAAUACAGAGUAAUACUUAUUGAAGAAUGUUUUGUAUUGUUGUUUCUCAGGCCAGUCCUCUUCUAAACUUUUUUCGUUUUCACGAGACCUUUCUGGUGCUCCGUGACUAUGAAACUUGUCAAGGAUAUUUGACUUCUUUCAAGAACACUUACCGCAAGGUAGGUUAAAAAUAGGUUGAAUUACGAACAUUUGUGUGGCUUAGCACAUUUCUAGCACUGGACUACUUUAAAGAAACUCAAAUCUCAAAAUGAGUGGUAAUAAUAAUAAUAAUAAUAAUAAUAAUAAUAAUAAAUCAGGUGUGAAAUUGUUAUAGGUAAUCACAUGAUUUCCAGUGCAAUUUGGAAUAAAUAAGCACGAGUAAAUUUUUUUAAAGACUAACAAAAUUGCACGAGCCCGUAGGGCGAGUGCAAUUUGUGGUCUUUGAAAAAAUUAACAAGUGCUUGUUUAUUCCAAAUUGCACGAGAAAAAUUACGUGAUUACGUGUUGAUAAUAUACAUGAAAAACACGAGAUAGCUUAUCAUAAGUAAGCAUAAGCAAAGUGCGCGCAUCAAGUGCAAAAAUAAUUUAUUCAAACCGUGCGUUCGGUCAAAACAACCGCGUACGAUCAAAACAAUAAUAUGCUAUGGUAUCUUCACAUCUUUAAGGCGCAAAAAAGUUCAAAGUCCGGCUAAACAGUUCAAGGAAUUGUUCAGUCUAUGCCCGAAUCACUUUCGAUGAAAUGGAAUCGUCGUUUCCGAGGUUUAACCAUGUUUGUUUUUUCAUUUCGGCGUUGGAUCGCUCGAGUAAAAUGUUAAGCUGGGUUGGCUCGUAAUUUUCGAUUUCCUUGACAAUUCCCUUCUCCAAACACCACUUUUUCCAAACCGACAAUCAAAAAGCAGUGCUUUUUAGAGUGUUUUCGUUGUUUGAGCUGUUUUUCACCCGCAGUGGCGAAAGAAAACCUACUUGAAACGCCGGCCAUUGCUUCGCUCGCAAAUUUUCAAAUUUUCAAAUUUUGUUGCGACAUCCAAGGCUCGCAUUUGAUUGGCUAUCUGUGAGUUUCUUUGGUUAUUGACCAAUCAGAAUGUCUGGUUUGUUACUUUCUUUGCUCUAAAUUAACUCUCUUCUGCACUGAAUUACCUGAAAACUGCAUUUAUCUUAACCAAUCAGAACUGAGUAAUUGUUUCAUGUAUAUUAUUAGUAUUUAAAUGACAAUGAAUUUUGAACUGAGAAUUGUAUUGAGCCAUGAAAUUUGAGAUUCUGAUGAAUUGUAAAACAUCGUAGUGACACUAUGGUAAACUCUUGGAUAAACUGUGCAGAAUAUGAUGAGAGUCUACAGUUAUUAUCCUCAGGUUAAAGAAUAGCCUGGAUAUUUGCCUCCUAAAAAUGGGUAAAUUCUUAAGAGGAAAUCGUCAGUAGUUCAAAUUUUGAUUGAUGAGCCAUUUUUGUAGUACAUAUCGGGCCCAAAAUUAGGCCUUCAUCCCUUACAUGUUCCACCUUAUGUUCCAUUCAUACUAGGUAAACACGUGUAGUUAAACCAGGUUUAACAGAUUGAAAAUUAGAAACAGAGAACUAGCAAACUGAAUUUUCCAUAGGAUUCAAGUGAUCUCUGACUUGUAUUUUCUAUGUGCUAUAUUUGACCUUCACAAACAUGACAAACAUGACAAACAUGACACUUAUGUUAGAUAACAUAAAAUAACCAAUUUAAGAUAACAUAUAAGAGACAACAUAAGAUAACAAUAUGUUAUCUUAUGUUGCAAUAUAAGACGACGUAAGUUAACCAAUGAACUUCAAUAACUUUUGACCUGCCGUGUUUGCAAAUAGUUGACCAGACAAGAUUUUAUCAACCCUUGCUUGGUUGCUUGAGUUGCUCAUCUUCUCUCUCAUUCUCCUCUUGAUCCUCCCAAAUCCCAGUUUUUCUUUUUGAUAAAGUUUGCCUGAAGCUAAGUCUUAUUUCAUUUUGCUUAGGCGUCUUUCGGACCCCGUCAUCAUAAAGAAGUGACUUACCUUCGAGACUUAACGCGGUGGGGAACAAAGACAUUAAGUUCUCCCAAAGCGAUAGACCAUGAACUUGAUAGCCAGCGCAAAGACUCAAACCAUGGCUAAUCCUUGCUAAACGAGCGCAACCUGAAACCAGAUUGCACAAAGUAUCACAUGAAAAGCACUUGACCAGACUUCUGUACCUUUAAAGGCAACAAGAAUUAAUUCAACCUGCUUGUCAGAGCUAGAUUUGUGAAUUUUUUCUGUUGUUCAAUCCAUAAGAUACUCAAAUUUCGCACUGUUUGACUUUGAGAAAGAGAUUAUCGGUAACUGUUGUGAUUACCCUUAUAUGCGAAGGUUAAUGUAGCUUCAGAAGCUUAUUUUCUUGAUGAGUGCUCAAGUUCAUCAUUAUUCAAAAAUUCUACCUGUUUAAACUAGAAGCGUUGACAAUGCCCUUGUCACCAUGUUCCCUAAUGUGAGUAGUUGUUACUAUUACUUGAAAUUAGUUGUGUUGAUAAAUGAUAAACUCACUUUGUAGUUAUCAUUGAAAGCCAUUGCCGACAAACACGAGGCUGCACUCAAGAUUGGAAGUUUGAAAUGGCUGGAAGAACUGACUUGUCAAGUCACGAAGCAUAUGCUCUCACGCUGUGACAAUACCCACCAACAGGGCCAUUUACUUGCAAUUCUAGCAGCAAGCAAGUUUGGACGAAACUUUGAGUGUAAAGGUUUGUCUUGAUCACUUAACUUGUAGGGCAUAAGGAAGAGAUGAUAUUCACAGGGUAAAAAAUCUUUGAGCCCCUCUGAACGUUUCCUUUUUCUUUGAAGAAAAAGCACACCUAGAGUUGUUAGAAAAUGAUGAAAAAUUGUCUAGCUCUAACAGGAUGGUAAGCUCUAUUAGAAUAUACAUCCGCUUCCAAGAGGACAUCUUUUUUGAAUCUGAGACAAUUAGAUUUGAAGCCAGACAUUAUAAAUAUGUAGCCCCUUUGUUUACAUACUUUGGUUCUGUUUUGAUUUGUAUUUUAGUACCCGCUUAUUGUGAGCUCCACGAAGUGAGUAAACUUCUUCACGGCACAAAUACGAACAUACGACUUGAGGUAAUGGUGGAGCAGGGAGAUGAAGCUGACAGCCAAGCUGAGAAGGAAAGAGUGCUUGGCUCCCUGCUCAACACUAAACAGUUUGCAAAGGCCAGAAGGUAUGCUGAAUUGAUGGGCUUGUCGAAUGAUCACAUUACAAUCAAACAGGUGAGAAGACCUCAUUAGCAUUACCACACUUUGAAUGCAAAAUGGCAUAGUUUUUUUCCUUAUCUUUUUAAAAAAAAAUAUGCUUAUUGGUAGAAGGGGCUCGCAGGGAUAAAGGUGGCUCAACAAGGUCUAUAACUAGUCAAAAUUUGAUCUUGACUUCUUAAACUCAGCCUUUCAAGACUGUGAAUUCUGGAAAGAGUUAGGUCAUGUAACUGCACAUCCUGCUUUAGGCACAAUGAAGUGUUCAUCAAAUAAAUACACAUUGAUCCAUCAAUUUUGUGAUAUUCCUGUUAUUUAUGAUAAAGUCUUCAAAGUAAUGCUAAACGUAGUCAAAAUGAUAGCAGUCUGAGUCUGUUAUACGUCAACACCUCCAACAGACCUUACAUUUCCCUUCAUUUCUACUUUUCGGCUGUAGGUUGAUGCUGACUUAGAAAUUGCCAAGAAUUCCAUGUUGUGGGAAAUAGAGCAGGGAAGACUGGCUUUCUGGCACAGAGCAGAAAAGUGCUUCAAAGACAAUGGUUGUAAGGCAGACACAGCAGGCUCAUUCUUUGAGGUGAACAACAUUUCUUUUGUCUUGCUCCGCUAGCCUUUACAGAAAUGGGUUCACCAAACAAAGUAUCCGUUCAUCUUGAAUGCAUAAAAAUGAAAGUGAAAAAGGAGCGAUAAGUUUUGUGAAUAUGUGAUUCAAUUCACUGCUCUUGUGGGAAAAAGUCAGUUAUUGACCGAGCCUGCUCUUUCAAGGGGGCUGGAUAUUACCUUCUUUGUAAUUUUACCUUAUGGACCACGAAUGCAAAAAAAUGAAAUUUUCCAAUUCAUAACUUAACAUGAGAAGUAGUUGAGACACUUCGCGUGCUCUUAUCGGUCCAUAGGUGUUAUUAGACAAGAGUUUAUAAUCACAAUUGUAAAGUAUAUUUGAGGAAAAUUCCUGUAAUACUGAAAUUUUGCAAUCACGCUUGGUCUGUAAGGCAUAUUUUAUGAUUCUCACACAAGUGCAGUACUUUCAACUACAGCGUGAAGUCAUCUGUCAGUUAAAUCACGUCCCAUUUGUUGCACUUUUUCAUCAAGGGCCAUAACUUUUAUCAUGAUUACAAAUGACUUGAUGGAUUUUAAAACAGAUAGCUAGGAAGAGCUGAAAGGAGGGUGGAAACACUUCUGAAUGUAUUACGAUACAACUGUACCAAUCUUUUGAACUGCUAACUGUUUGGAUGGCCGAAGUUAAAAUGGCCAAAGUCGGUGGAUAAAAAUAUCUGAUUUAUUACUUUACCUUGCAGAACCAAGCUAGCGAUACUGAAUUGUCAUUUAGUGAACGCGCUAUGCUUGUUGGGAUAGCUGUGAAGUGGUUUUCAAAUCCCUCCUCUAACCAGCAACCAAGACCAUUGGUGGAGCUGGAAGAUCUUCAAAAGAAACGCUGGCUGUAUAAGAUACGAGCAGAGAUUGAGAAAGAGGUAUAAAAUCUCAAAUGAAUUACACAAGGACUGUGAUACCAGCCAUAAUAAUUGUUAGAGGAAACUCACGCUGCAUAUGUCCGUAAAAUAUUUUGCGAUUAUUUCUUAGUUUUAGACAUAUGGCUAAACAUGUUGAAAACUUAUUUAAGCCCAAAUACAGUUGAAAUUUAAAACAGUAUGUAGGAUUUCCCUGUGAGUGUUUUCAAACCUUGGGAUCAUAAAAGUUCUUAAACGAAGUCACAUCAGUGAACACGGUAAAGUCAUUCCUCACACUAACUUUAGAGUGCACCUUUUUCUUUACAUCUACCUUAAUAGAGUAGACAGACAGAACACUAUACUCCUACAAAUCAAACAACUUUAUUAAACAGCUCAUAAUAUUCCUAUUAAGGAGCGACUCCUAAACGCACUACCGGCAGUAAUUAUUCUUAUUAAACUCACUUAAGCCCACUAAAGACUAUAACUUAUUUCGCCGCUGACACAAUCUCUCAAUUGUCUCAAAUUCCCUUGGAAUGCACAAUCUCUGAAGAUCUCUGAAGUGUCUCACAGUAACUCUCUCGGUAUAGCAUUCCAGGCAAUUGGUCACUGCUAAUAAAAGUCCUUUUUUUCUUUGUACAUUUACAAAGUAUUUUAGAACAUUCCAGAAGCUUACAACACAAGUCUUUGAUAGUAUGACAUCAUAACUACAUAACCCAGUAGAAUUUUAAAGAAAGUUACAUGCUAUGACAGUAGAAAGUUCCUGUACGCAUGUAGAGAAAUUUCUAAAAACUUACUCUUACGGUCUCUUUAACAGUAUACAUAUUGCAAAACAAUCUUGCUUCUUUAGUGGAAAGAUCGGAUUGUGCAGCGAACUAACUUUAUAAAAAAAUCUCAGACUCAUUUAUAGAGAGAAGAACUUGCAAAUUGUAUAGGUGUUCAAUAACUGGAGAUAACUUAUCUUUGAAGGAGAAUAUCAUGUGGGUACUACAAAUAGACCAGAGAGAGGAAGGGGCAUUCAAGGGUGGACCAAUUGCUCUGACAAGUGCUUAUAUGCUCGGAAGUAUAACUUUGCGAACCUAUGGUGCUUAUUCUUGAGCUAAAGAAUAUUAUAUUAAACGCAUAUAUAUUAAAUAUAUAUUAAACGCAUGCUCUGUGGAUGAGUUCCAAAAAGUGAAAGUGGUCAAACUCUUUUGUGCCUUAUUACAUUCAUGCUCUUUUUCCCCUUUUAGGGCAGUUUAACCAGAUCUGUUAGCCAUCUAGAAUUUCUUUCGCACGAAAUGGAACUGGAAUUAUCAAGCGAAGUCAAAACAAACAGCAAAGUUUUGAUUCCUCUCAAAGCUGUUGAUUUGAAAGAACUAAUACAAGAGGAUACUGCUGAAGGACAACUUCACGGUGAAUGUCCACUGGAAACCGACAAGGUUACAGAAAAAUUUAUACUAAAGAGAUGUGCAUCAAUACCUUUUUUUUCCAACAUUGUUAUGGUUUAUUGACGAUUUGUGUGGACAUUUUAAAAAUGCAUUUUAUUUAUGUUUAGGAUUCAUCAACCUCUCCUUUUUUUUGCCUUUCAUUCUGCCACAAACUGCUGCAACUUUUGAGCUUAUUUUCAUUAUUUUCCAAUUUUCUGAAGAAUUUGGUAUCUUGGCGGUGAAUUAAGUACCUACUUACUUUUCCCGUUGUUUUGAUUUGGUUUGAUAGGAAAUCCGAGCGUUGGAAAAUAUCAUCGGUUGCCUGUUGGAACAUUGUCAUGUGAGCCAGGCGCAGUGGCUUGCAAGUUUAUUCAAUCACAGUUGUUUAGCAUUAGACAAAGUUUAUUCAAUCACAGUUGUUUAGCAUUAGACGUGGUCAUGGUAAGACCUUUUCUGUGUCAUGAGUAUUGUCAACUUAAAAGAAACAACAACGAGAAUUGAAGUCUUGUGUUGAUAUAUCUUACAUAACAUUAUAACACAGUUAAUUUGAUGGAGGGAUAAACGUAGCUUCCCCUUCCCAUGCUCCUUGUUUCAGUGCGAUUUCUAUUGUUAGCAAAGCUUGAAAUUGACAUGAAGAAAUAGUUUCAUGCACUUCUAAAACUUUCACAAAUGGAUUACAGCCACACUAAAUACUUAAAAGACAAAGAGGUUUAUAUUCGUUAGGGCUUGUAUUAACAUACCUGUCUUAACUCUGCAUUAGUCUUGCAUUCACUUGGCUCAAGGAACACGUUCCAUGGACACCUUAGAUGUCCAUGUAAAAAGCCUUCUCACCAGAAAUGCUCAGAGACGUGAAAGCCUUGGAAGAGCUAGCCCAUUCACCCGGUCUGGUAGUUUUAUUUUCUCAUCGUCUUUCACGGAAAAGACUCCAAACGAGCGUCACGACUCCGUUUCUUCAUCUGAUUGGGUCAAAGUUGAAGAUAUCAUCACUACCAUGGAAAGCCUGGCUUUUCACAGUAAGCAGGGAAAGAGGUGUUGUUCCUGUGUCAUCACCUGCUACAAAGUUGCACAGGUAAGAUAUUUAUUUUAUGGCUUGUACCUGUUGCUUAUGUAACGUGCACUCUUCUCUCUCGUAAAGCCCACUCGCUGACUAUUUAUAAUGUAAAUUUGGAAUAAAGCAAAACGGCAUUCAAGCGCUGCUUCUUCUUUUUUUUUCUUUUUCUUAAAAAAAAAUAGAGGUUAUAUGAACCAAUUUUAAAACACUUUGUGAGAGUAAAUCACCCACAGCCAACGUUUCGGGAGAACAGUGAAGGAACAGGAGGAACAAGGGACAGGACCAAGAAUAAAGUGAAACUUUGAAUGAAGAGAAAAAUAGUAAAAAACAAGACGAAGAAAAAUGUUUUCUAAAAAAACAUUUGUGAAUGAUGCGAAGACAUUUCAAUGUAUGUUUUCGUUAAUGACUCAGGGAAGAUAGACGUUUUGGACUUACUUUGCUCGUUGUUUAACAAUGCUGUCCGCAAAAUCAAACUUAAUGUCAGUAAGAGCCAGCUAACGUGCCACCGUUUUCUGACGUAGAAUUUCAUGUGGCGAAUUCCCAAUAAACUUUCUCGUGACUAGGAAAUGAUAUUUGUCUCUUUCAAAUAAUCUGUUAGACGCCAACAUUCCAAAACAAUCGGUUCAACUGAAGGACAUUCGAUGUUUUCCAAGUCGGAUAAAUAGGUCAAAGUGUCAAAUACCGCCAACCUAAAGGUUUUCCUUUACCAGUAAGAUGUACAAGUCUGAAGCACUCCUCUGCAUUCAUUGACGUUUGGCUGUUGAUUCUUGAGUCCUGAAAAAUUUUAUUUUGUAAAGCAACUAGUAAUGGUAAUAGGACUGAAAGGAGUCCAGUUUGGUCUGUAUUCAUACAGGUGACUAACAAAAUUGGACAACCGUGAAGUGGGAGUAACACAUGUUAAGUUAGAGUAUAUAUGAGUAUAUAUGAUCAAUUAAUCAAAACUAUGACAAAAUUUUUAUUUAAAAAAAAACAGUAUUUAACUCAGUUGAUGAAAUGUGCGGCAAUAAUGUGCACAUAUGACGCCUACUGUCCAAUUACAAAGGCUUGAAGCUUUCACUCUCAAAUUGGGCUGGUCUGCCCCAUUAGUGAUUUGUUGGUGAAGAGCGGCUCAGCACCGGACUUGUCCGAAAUCGACCAAAAUUGGCCAUCCCUCCUAUAUCAUUCUUUGCGCUCAGAUGCCUGUCCAUCACUAAACUCUUGAAAUCACAAACAUUUGCUAUUUUCAGGUACAAGAACAACAUACACAGCAUUUUUGGUGCGUUUGAUCACUGUCCUCUACAAGUCUUACAGCCAUUACAUGAAUAUAGAAAUUGUCCGAACGGCGAAUACCCGGUCAAACUAUUUUUUGUACUAUUACGUGUAAUAUUUCAAGUGUCUUGAUUUGUUUCUCACACUGUGCUUAAAAGUCGUUUCAUCUGAAGUCUGGGCGCCAUCAUUUUUUCAGGAAAAGUUAGCUGAAUUGUACUUUUUGACACAAGUUUUUUUUUUAUAAUUCCCUUUCAGUCAGCCUUUGAUCUCUGUUGUUCAAUCUUCUGAGUUUAUCAAGUUAGUUAUCAUCUAUUCCAGACACUAGGGCAAGAUUACGAGGAAAUUGUGAAAAAGAAGCCCCUGAAGGUGCUCCAUUCGUUGUUACUUUCUGGAUUUGACAGCCGCUAUAAAAUGAUGGAGGGUUAUAUUAAAGCCGUUCAACUUGAUUCUGUAGAGGUAACAUUUUGAGUUGCUAUGCUGAGACAUGAUAUCCCAGUUGAGUUUGUCGACAACUUAACAUUAAAUCUUCCUAAUCAUAAUAAUUUGGGUGUGAAGAAUUGGAAGUUGGAGUUGAAUGUGUAUUGAGUGGUUGGUAGAUAACCAGUUGAAUAGUCAUAUCAAUUAAAGGUUUCUGUUUGAAGCUCAGAAAUGAUUAUGAUGAAUAAAAAAAGUUUAUAAAGUCAUAAAUUUUUAGCGCAAUUUUAUAAAACAUCAAAAUAUUUGAUGAAAAUAUUUGUGUAUUAUCCAGUUUGCGGUUCUAUUAUUGUGCGGGCUUAAUCUCUGACAACUGCAACAUUUUAUCCAAUUAGGUAACUGAAUUUUUGGCCAGUAUCAUCUUGAACUCUCUCAUCGUUCACUGCACUGGUGAAGGUAUAUUUUUUGUAUUGUCUGUCUGUCGUUUCAAAUGCCUACUUGUUUAAUUAUUCAGUUAGCUUUGCAGGAAUAAGAAAAUUGUUUUAAUGUUCUUCAAGCUGGUCACGUACCGUUUCUCUUUUUAUCCUGCAGAAAGAGACAGAAAUCCAAAUGAAAUUUAUAGAGCAGUGUUUUUAUAAUGGGUUUCAAACUUGUCUCUCUCUCUUGGUUGGAGAAUUGACGUUUUAGAUAAAACUAAAAGGAGUGAUAUGUAUUCAAUGACCAAGUUUUGUGGUUCAAAUCCAUAAUAUGGUGUUGCAUUCAGACAUUUCAGGGAAAGAAUACAGUGACUUAACCGUAAAUGCAGCACCGUCUUGUGAAGACAUAAGUCACAUGAUUCGCUUGUGUCCCGACUAUUCCGUGCUGGGCACUCGACUCUUAGAUGAGGUUACAACCUUAAUCAACGAACAUGCACCAGAAACCAUCCGUACUGGAGGUAUAUAAUCUUUUUUCCUUCUUUUCAUGUUUGACAGGCUAUCAGAGUCAUGAAAGAUUGGCAAACAUUUUUUAAUCAGUCAUCAUCAUUUAUCACUACAUCAUUUAAAACCAAAUGAACUUUGUAUUCUUUCUUUGUAUUCUGUAAGUCUUUCCUUGCACUCUAAGUACCCAUUCUUCUUUAGCGUCUGCAUGCCACGGCCAAUUAAUUGAAAUUGGUUUACGACUCAUUGGUUUACCAUUCUCGAGGUCAGAUUGUUUAAAAGAUUGUUGGCCGGUCUUGCUGUGCUCUUUCUGAUGAGAUUUAGAGAAGAUGUACAGUCUGAAAAGAACCACCAUGCGCACUACGAUCUACGAUGUGAAAUUUGUAAAAGAGUGCGUCUUUAGCGUCUCCGGAAAGUGUUAAUGGCAAUGCCAGUUAUUGAUGUUAAUUAAUAUUAUCUUGGAUACUAUGGCAGAUCGUAUCCCCAAAAAACCAGUGUUUUUCUUUCUCCCAGUGGCAUAAUCCACAGCAUCGGAUUUUCAGAGCAACACGACAAAAAAAGCGCUGGGCGUUACGUGUAUCGGGCAAACUCUCAUCUAUGGAUCGUUCUAAUUGUUUGCUAUUCGUGAUUUUAGCUUCUUAGAAAGGAUUAGGCCAUAAUGGUGAUAUCAGUAUUUCAGUAGUGUGCCCGAUAUGUAGUAGUUCUGUGUAUACAUGUGUUGUAUCUCGAAGUUUGCACAUAUAAUUCUGUCUUUCUACAGCACUGAGCUUGAAAGUGGAAUUACUGGUUCGCGCCCAUCAAUGUCACACUUUAGCCUGUAACAUGGAGGGUAUUGCAGCAGUUCUGCGACAUGGACGAGUACUAACAACUGCUUUGACUGAAUCCAGAGAUUACAUGCUCAUGGUAACGUGUUUCAGUACUUAAAACUUCCACUGAUACUUCCACUGAUACUUCCACUGAUUAUGUAUGGCCAAUGAAGGAAUAUUCUUUGUAAUACAAAUGAAUAAGGGGAGUAAGUUUCUAAAGAAACUGUGUUGCUGCGUCCACGGGAGAGUAUAACAGGGUAAUUUAGCAUCAUCAACCGGGUUGGUAACGUAAAUUGGACACCGUAAAGAGUUACAAAGCUGAUGUUUCGAGCGUUAGCCAUUUCUCUGACGAAAGACUAGCUCUCGAAACUUCAGCUUACGAUGACUACUUUGUGUUAUCAAACCAGUUGAUAAACCUAAAUUAUCUUUGUAGAGACAGUUUUCCUUUUUCAUAGGUUCGUUUGCUCACGGGUAUCGGAAGGUUCAAUGAGAUGUCUUACAUCAUUGACACACUCUUUGAGCAUGAGCACUUUGAACUUCUAUGUCGGAAAGGAAUUGACAAGGUAACACGUCUUUUUGAAAUAUCCUUGAUAAUACAACUGUAACCAUCUCUCUCAAACUGACUGCACUUACCUACAUGAGAAUUUACGUCAAUAAAAAUAUUGCGUUAUUCUGAGUCACUGUAAGCGUCCCCAAAGACUUGUCUACAAAUUGGAUGAAAGUGUAAACCCAAAGAAGUAGAAACACCAAAGAGAAUUAAAGUUCUUUGAUUUUCUUCCUUUGAAAUAAACACAGAACUUCACUGACACGACGAAUCGAAGCUGACAAAUCACAGUUGACAAAAGCUCUUUUAGCCUCACAAGCCAUCACAUUCCCGUUUAAUUAACAAAUCAAUUUCCAGAAAACAGACUUAGAACCAGACUUAAAACACUCUUAGUGCGGUUUGUAGCUUAUUGGCGUCUUUUGCAUAUGUUCUCUUGUUUCUUUUUUCCAUGUCUAUAACGCUCCAUCAAUAUUUGUUUGUUGCUGUUUUUUACUUCAGGAAAAUAAGCUGAAAGUUGCACUUCUUGAUUACUUAAGAAAACAACAUCCGGAGGAUACAGAUAAGUUUUCUCUGGUGGCGCAUCACUUUCGCAUGUACCGUGAAAUUGCUCAGACUUUGGAGGACACCGCCGUCAAACAACUGGCUAGUUUAGGAAAUUGUUUCCCAGGUACUUUCCCUUGAUACACGAUAUACUUGGUUGUCAAGUGGACUUGGUUAUUGGCUUAUUGAAGUAAUUUUGUUUGAAAUGUGUUUCGUCAAGAACACUGGAAACUGUUUCGAAGGGUCAAAAGAGGAUAUUGCUUUUCAGGAAAUAGCUAAGUUUUACGUUUGCGCCCCAUAAGGAUAACGUUACAAAUGUUUGAAAGGCAACAUUUCAAAAUGUGGUUGUCAAACGAUGACCAGGUAACAAAUAUCGAAAAAACAAAUAUUUGAAACAAAGCAUCAUUUUACAAAUUUCCAAAGGGAAAGCAAUGGUAUGUUACAAUGGAUGAGGCUCUUUCCCUUUUUGGAAUUGAAAAAUCAUAUGUUCAGUACCUUACGCUUCUUUUUUUACUUCCUAUAAUAGGUAAAUGGAGGGCAACUUUCUUAUUUUUCACCCUCAAUGAUUAAUUUUCUCAUUAAAGUGCAGCUCCUGAUAUCUAUGUGGGGAAUUAAGUGUUAAGAAACUUAAUUAUUUCACUACUACCCCAUUUUACCUUAUCAGGGCAACGGAACGGGCAACAUGUGGAAUGAUAUUACAUAGUUUAACAAAUGGCGGCACUCAUUGAUCCAAACUUUUAUUUUAAGUUUUUCCUAAUUUAGGGUCGACUAAGAAACAAUCUUUUAUGUGUAUCAGGUUCUUUUAAGGAUCGCAAAGAACAAUUUGAUGGUUUUGUCUGUUUUGUUUCCAUCUUUUGUGCUACUAAUAUGUGAUCGUUACAAUGCUGUGAUAAGGCCGCGGGAAGUAUUUCGAAAAAUAAAGCCAAAAUACUAGAAAAUGAAAUAAGAGUGGAAUGGUAAAUCUUUUAUUCUAUGGUUAACAUAUAAUACGAGCAGAAAAUUUUGCUACUCAUGAAACUCACAAAAUAUCCGGGUGGGUAUUAUAUGUUAAACCAUUGAAAAAAAUGUAUGUUUUGAGCCCCCCUUAUGACCCUCUUUUUCUUUGUUCUAGGUAAGAAACACGGUCAGGGAAAUGCUGAGAAAGGUGGGCUUGAUCUUAAGAUUCACUAAAUUAUAUAUAUGCUCCUCGUAUCAUUUCGGUCUUAGUUCAUCAACAGACAAUGUGAAGAGUUUUCAUAUUGUCGUGUGUCAAUGAAGAAGAGUUGUUAUAUUGUCAUGUGUCAAUGAGACACGACAAUUACUGGCAAUUGCUCGCAACUGGAACUAUAAAUGCGCAUGCUCACUCUAGAAUGAACAAGAAAUUGAAAAGGUGCGCGCAGUGGAGAGUCCAGUGUGAAGAAUUUGGACGGCCAGCAUGUACGUUUACUUUUCGUUAAAUCAAGGAGGUGAAGCUUAAAAUAAUUUAAGUAUUCAAACUGGAAUACAUGUACUCCGCAUUAAAUAGACUGAAGUGAAGUCUUUUGGACCCAAGUAGAUGAUCUAAAAUCAAAAUCAGCCUACAAAAUAAAGAUAUGUAAACAUAAAUUAAUGUUCCGCACUCUUUAAGUUAUUUUCGCAGUUGGAUCCAGCUUUACUUUAUUCAAAAUUUAAAUUCUGAUCGGCUUUGUGGUCAUUACAUUAAACAAAUACCGUAACAGUAGUCACCUAAUUUGCAAGUUUAUGCCGUUUCCCUUUCGCCGUUAAUUUUUAAAUAAGUUAUGCCUAUGUCAUUCUGUAUUUAUUAUCAAAUCUGUGUUCUCGACUAAUUUGGCUUUCGCGACCUUUAUUAAAAUGCUCCAGGAGCUGCAGAAGUUUUCGUCAAACUUAAUUCCAUUAUGAAAUCCUUCUGCUACGCUUCGGAUAACUAUGCCAAGGUAAGUGGGUAACACGCCGGUGACAAUCAUUAUAUCAGUGAGAUAGUAAUCUUUUUUCCUGUCUGUGCGUUUGUUGUUGGGGCUGGAGUCAAAAAAGGAAUGGGCGUGUUGACUCCAAACCUUAGCGAAUGAUUCUCCUGUGUUUAUUCUCCCAUCCUCACCUGUAAUCCUAAUCUCUACAGAAAAAACAAGGUUGGUAAUCUUGGUUUCCUUUCUUGUACUCAUUAGGAGGACUGCUGGCGACAUUCACAGACCUGUCUUAAGAAUGCAAGAUUGGUUCACCUACAGAUCCAGUUUCUUUCCUCUGGAGUCACAGUAGUAAAUUUGAACGAUGUUGCUUUAAAGAAAUUCCUCGCCCAUCACACCCAUUUUUUUCAGGUCAGAAGUGUUUGCAUCGCAAAUUGUUUUUAUUUGUAAUGACAGUUAUUGGUAUUUAUUUAGUUAACAGCUGUCCAUAGAUUGACGAUUUAUGUCCUGUCUCUUAAACAUAGAUUGUCCAUGUGUUCAUGGUAACCGUCUAUCUUCACAUGAUGUUUGUGCUUUUAUGAUGAGUUAUUUAAUAAUACCAACAUUCAACUCAAGUUGGUUGAAUAGUUGGUAGUUACACCUGGUACUCUAACUUACUGAUACUUUGUUUCUAAUUCGAAUACUCUUUUUGUUCCCAGUCUCUUCUAGUCGCUGAUGCGUAUAAAAAGCGUGACAUUUCCUUGUGGGUUGAUGCUAUUUAUAAUCAAGUAGUGAUGAAAGGCAACUUCAAUUACCUUCAAGACAUGAGCUCCGCCAUGCCUCUCGCCAACAGUCUUUUUGUUGAUGUCGUUACCAAGUAAGUAACACAAUCAUAAACCCUGUCGAGUGACUAACAGCUUUUAAGAAAGCAAUCCGCUUCUUUUCGUGAAAUUCGAAUUUGAAAUUUUCAACCAGAGUUCGCUUCAAUACUCACCUUACAUUAUUCAACGUUGUCUGAUCGGAGAAGACAAACUGCAACACUAGUCAGGGGGUAAGAGAGUCAAAAUACGGCGGUGGGGAUGAAAAUGGUUUUCCUUCCUUUACUAAAAGAAUGGUUUUCUAGGAACUAAUAGUUGUAAAUUUUCCUCAGGUACAAAAGUGAAAAUGCACGCACAUCUCAAGCAGCAGUUAAUAUGAAAAGGCUCUUGGGAUUUGUUACUGAUGUUAGAAUGCGCUACAAACUAGCCAUAGAUCUGAACUUCUGUGACCUGGGAACCAGCAUUCUUGAGGGAGACGGAGGGGCGUUUUUGAGAGAUGUCAUGGUUCCCUGA